CAGGCGCAUGCGCACACCGGCGGAGCGAAUCAGUGGUGACUAGCUAGUUUCUUGUUACCGUUCAGUCAAUUUAGAUCUGACUGUUGUACACAGUUAUUGUUUAUUAACCGUGAGUCGUUUCUACCGAGCGGAAUUAACGUGACCGAGGCGUGAAAGAAUAUGCCCAAAAAUAAAGGAAAGGGAGGAAAGAAUCGUCGACGUGGAAAGAACGAGAAUGAGUCUGAGAAGAGGGAGCUGGUGUUCAAAGAGGAUGGACAGGAAUAUGCUCAGGUGAUCAAAAUGCUGGGGAAUGGACGUCUGGAGGCCAUGUGCUUUGAUGGAACCAAGCGGCUUUGCCACAUCAGAGGAAAACUCCGGAAAAAGGUUUGGAUUAACACGUCAGACAUCAUCCUGGUGGGACUGAGAGAUUACCAGGACAACAAAGCUGAUGUCAUCCUCAAGUACAACGCAGACGAGGCUCGCAGUUUGAAAGCGUACGGAGAGCUGCCGGAGCACGCCAAAAUCAACGAGACAGACACCUUCGGGCCCGGAGACGAUGAUGAGAUCCAGUUUGAUGACAUUGGCGACGAUGACGAGGACAUUGAUGAUAUCUGAAGACCUGCUACUGGAGGGGAAGUUGGAUUUUACAGGAGAUGCUCCGAUUGGAAUAUUUUUGAGCCGACACCACGCACCUAUAAUUAUUUUUUAAGAUCAGCCUACGCCAAUCCAACAGUUUAUUAAUAUGUUUCAAUUUAUUCCAGUUUGUUAACCAUCAGUAGACGUCUUUGUUGUUUUUGAGAACUUAAAGUGCAUUUCACAUGGGGGGGGGGGGGGGGGCAUUCUUGAAGAACGUACUUUGAGUUUAUUGUUGAACGACACGCGGCGCUGCUUUAGUGCGACUGUCUUCGUGCCGUUGGAUUGGAGCGUCACCGCUGACCUCAGCUUCAUGUUCAGCUGAACUUCUGGAUGUUCACUUUGUCUUCUAACAUCAACAGGAAGGCAAACUUCCAUCUCCAUUUUCUUUUUGUAUUCUCCAUGAUACCCUUACUACUUAGAGGUGCUCACGAUGAUACCAUGACUGCAGAAUAUCUCACAGAUGCGUCAUCUUUUUAACGAUGUAUUUAUAUUGAUUUCACACUACGUGGAAUUUAGCAACAAGUACCGAAUCUCAGGAUUCGUCAAUAAAAAGAUAAACCAUUUUGUGUUUCCUUUUGGCAGUCUGUACCGAUGUAGUCGUGGCCCGUGAGGCUGUUUAUUAAUUAAAACACUGAGUACGACUCCAUCAACGCCGUAUUCCACGCGCAUCGUAUCACAAUGCUCCUUCAGGAUGGAACUAUGAAGAACUUGAAAUCUAAAGAAGAAUCAAAAUGUAUUUUACUAUUGUUUCCCUUAUUUGUGUUUUCUGUGCGUUUGUGUCCAUGUUCUGUUUUGAACUCUACGCUGCUCGCUCUGCGGCUUCAACACACUGACUGUCACGGCCUCUCUAGACCAGCGGUUCCCAAACAACUCCACCAAAACCUCAGAUCACAGCAGCCCCCACCGACACGUUCUCCGACCCUCUACGUCACAUAACAUACAAUAGUUUAUUUCCCUCCCUCCGUUUGGGAACCGCUGCUCUAGACCACGUGGGGCCGGUCGCUGUUGUUGCUGUAACUGAAUGACUAAAAGAUGAUGUUUGAAGGCUGGGUUUCCAAUAAAGAUCUUAACUCCA